AGUCCACAAGCUAAACAAAUAUAUACCAAAAUAUAUAUUUAAGCAAAAAAGAAAAACAACAGAACUUCCCAAAAAACUGAAAGUUCGCAAAAUGAAAUCACAAACUUUGUCACUCUGCUGCUGCCUGGCGCUGUUGUCCGGCAUUGCAGCCAACACGGUGUCCAACAACCAGACGGAUUGUCCACAGAUGUGUCCUGCCAUCUAUCAGCCGGUUUGUGGCUCGGAUGGUUUCAAUCUCAAGGAAUUCGCCAGCGCUUGCAAUCUGCAGGCCAGCAACUGUCGCCGCGAACGCAAUGCCCUGACGACCUUUGCCCUGACGGACAUGGCCUGGUGCCGCUCACAGGAGGUUGAGGAUAUUCACAAGCUGUUGAAUGUCAAGCUGGACGUACCGAGCUGCCUCAAGCCCUGUGCCAUGAUUUACAAGCCUAUCUGUGUGACCAAUGGCAAGUACCGUGGUCUCGUGCCCAACGAGUGCACGUUUGAGACCUUCAACUGUGCCCUGAAUUUCGCCGGCGUCGCACCCACUGAGCUGUUGCGCAUUCUGAAAGCCGAAACCUGUUAAGCUGUCAGAAUAAAACUGGAGUACAUGUCCUUUGCACACAAGAGUUGCUUAUUUGCAAAAAUAUAUAUAUUUUGAACUAACAA